UCUCUUGUUUCCUGGUGAUUGGGAAAUAACCCGUUUUUCUGUAGAGAGAGAAGAUAAGACUUGAACACAAUGUCUAAGAAUCCCAGUGACAGUAUUUACCGAAUCCCCCCUUACUACUUCCUCCAUGUCCUUGACCAGAAUCUCAAUGUCACACGGCUGGAGAUUGGACCCCAGACCUUCAUCAGACAGGACAAUGAGAGGGUUGUUUAUGGCCCAGAAAAGAUGAUCACAGUGCCACCCAGGCACUACUGCAUCAUCGAAAACCCAGUUGUCAAGGACAAAGAAGGAAAGGUCAUCUAUGAUGAGAGUGGUCAGUCUAAACUCAGUCAUGCUGACCUUGAGAUUCGUCUCUCUCAAGAACCCUUUCCACUGUACCCAGGGGAGGUCCUCAAACAGGUUGUGACCCCAUUGAAGGUCAUUCCUGCAAACUCGGCCCUGAGACUACGAGCUGUGCUGGAUUUCGAGGAUGCAUCUGGAGAAAAGCGAGUGGCUGGGGAUGAGUGGCUCUUUGAAGGACCAGGGACCUAUAUCCCUCAAAAGGAGGUGGUCAUUGAGGAAACCAUCAGGGCAACGGUCAUCCGUCCAAAUCAGGCUAUCCGUCUCCGAGCCAGGAAGGAGACUAUUGACAGAGAGGGCAAAGCCAGGGUGACUGGGGAGGAGUGGAUCCAUAAAAAGACAGGGGCGUACCUCCCAGGAGCUUAUGAGGAAGUGGUAGACAUCGUCAAUGCUUACGUACUAACAGAGAAGAAAGCUCUGCACAUGAGAUCUUUGAGGACAUUUAAAGAUGAAUUUGGAGUGGUGAGGAAGAAUGGCGAGGAAUGGCUGAUCACAAUGAAGGAAUCGGAGACACAUAUUCCUGGUGUCUAUGAAGAGGUUGUUGGAGUUGUGAACAUAACCACUUUGACCUCCAGGCAAUACUGUGUUAUCCUUGACCCCUGUGAUGAGUCAGGUCACCCACAGCUGGGAAGAAAGAAGCUGGUCAAGGGUGAGCGUUCCUUCUUCUUGCUGCCAGGUGAGAGACUGAUGAAGGGAAUCCAGAAUGUUUACGUUCUCGGUGAAGAUGAGGGUCUUAUUCUCCGUGCUACAGAGUCCUUCAAAGAUGCAGAAACGAAUGAGGAGCUUCGUCCGGGAGACAGAUGGAUGAUUCGAGGACCCAAGGAAUAUGUUCCCCCGGUAGAAGUGGAGGUCUUGAUGAAGAGGGUUGCCAUUCCCCUGGAUGAGAAUGAGGGUAUCUAUGUCAGAGACAUCAAGUCCGGAAAGGUGAGAGAUGUAAAAGGAGAAACCUACAUGCUGAGUCAUGAUGAGGAACUCUGGGAAAAAGAACUUCCACCUGCUGUGGAGGCUCUGCUAAUGGCAGGAAAAGACCCCCUGGCUGACCGCGGUGACCGCACUAAGGGAGGUGAGAAGGGAGAGAAACGAGACAAGACCAGAGUGGUCACAUUCAGAGUCCCCCACAAUGCAGCGGUCCAGAUCUAUGACUACAAAGAGAAGAAAGCCAGAGUGAUCUUUGGCCCUGAGUUGGUGAUGCUUGGUCCAGAUGAACAGUUCACCCAACUCUCUCUGUCAGGAGGGAAACCCAAGAAACCAAAUGUCAUCAAAUCUCUCUGUCUUCUGCUGGGACCUGACUUUUGUACAGACAUCAUCACCGUGGAGACUGCUGACCAUGCAAGGCUUUCCCUACAGCUGUCCUACAACUGGCAUUUCGAGGUCAAGGACAAGAAAGAUGUGGUGGAUGCUGCCAAAAUUUUCAGUGUCCCAGACUUUGUGGGAGAUGCUUGUAAGGCCAUUGCUUCUAGAGUCAGAGGGGCUGUUGCUCAAGUUCAGUUUGAUGAUUUCCACAAGAAUUCUGCUAGAAUCAUCAGGUCAUCUGUAUUUGGAAUUGAUGACAAGGAUAAAGUUAGAGAUCAAUUUAAAUUCCCCCAAAACAAUCUUUGUGUUACAAGCAUUGACAUUCAGUCUGUGGAACCUGUUGACCAGAGGACCAGGGAUGCCCUGAUGAAGUCUGUUCAGUUGGCUAUUGAGAUCACCACCAAUUCCCAAGAAGCAGCAGCUCGCCACGAGGCAGAGCGUCUGGAACAGGAGGCCAAAGGUCGCCUGGAGCGUCAGAAGAUUACAGAUGAAGCUGAAGCUGAAAAGGCAAGGAAAGAACUGCUUGAGCUCCAGGCCAAUAGUGCUGCUGUAGAGAGCACAGGUCAAGCUAAGGCAGAGGCCCAAAGUAGAGCCGAGGCAGCAAGAAUCGAGGGAGAGGCAGCAGUUGAACAAGCCAAACUCAAGGCACAGGCAAUGAAAAUUGAAGCUGAAUCUGAACUGGAGAGACUUACAAGAGCUAGAGAGGCAGAGCUCAAGUUCCUUGCAGAACAGAAUGAUUUGGAGCUCAACAAAUCUCGAGAGGUGGCUGAGAUCGAGACAUCCAAAUUCAAGAGUCAGGUGGACGCUAUUGGAGCCCAAACACUCCAGGCCAUUGCCACUGCUGGACCAGAGAUGCAGGUCAAACUGCUGUCUGCUCUUGGCCUGAAAUCUACACUGAUUACAGAUGGAAACAGCCCCAUCAACCUCUUCAACACGGCUAACGGAAUUGUGGGAGGAAUGGUCCCUGCUAAAAGAUCCCGACGCUCUCCUCCAGAAUCUGAUGAUGAGUAGAGCAAAGGACAGAAGUUUUUGUAAUCUAAUUCUGAGUGCAAUGAUUGAGUGAUAAAACAUUGUGUUUAUGUGUACAUGUAGUAAGAAAACCAAUUUAGUUUGUUUUUGUAAUGCAAGACACUUUAAGUUUAAUGUAUGUAUAUAUAUUAAGAAAUUUAAUCAUGGCAGCAGAAAUGCAUGUUCCUACUAUUGUGUAUUUUUGCUGAAUUAGCAUAUCAUUGUUUUCCAUUUUGUAUACCUUACUUACACACUUUUCAUAUUGAUAUAAAAUGUUUACUGUGAUACAUGUAAUACAAAAAUAAAUUAUUCUUAUGUUGUUAUUUUUGAUAAGGGUAACAUUUUUUUGCAAGUGUGAUCUUGACUUCUGCACGUUUUCUGUUUUGCAGACACUAGAAUUUUACUAUGUACAUACUGUAUAACCACAAGCUGUGUAGGAAGUAAAAUACGCUUUUUGUUAGACACUCCAUGAAAUUUAUAAUUUCUUUGUUUAUAGAUUACAUUUUUUUUUCUGUUGACAUUUGUACUAAUUUAUAAAUGCCUUUAGAAUCA